UGAGGUCAUAACGGACGAACUUUAUUUGCAAUGCAAGGAUUAAAAACUCACUAAAAAGCACAUUAAUAUAGAGAAUUUCAAAUAGAUCGAAGGUUUGGAUUGGUGGAGUGCGAUUGGCCAAAUCCAUCGAGGGUGCAGCAGAAGCGCAGACGCCGCAGAGUAUUUCUCAGGAAAGUGCGAGGAUGUUUGCACAGCAAAAGUGUUGCCAAUGCUAACCACUGGACUGGAGGAUGUUUGCAAAGCGAAGGGCGAGGAAGGUCUUGAAAUCAGAAACUUGGAGGUCUUGAACAUGGCUUGUGUGAUCCAAAGGGAAAAAAAAAAAAGAUGUUGGAGCCGUCAUGUUAAAUUCAAGGUCACCUGGGAUUAGCCUCGACAAGGAAAUAUCUUAUCAAGGAUAGAUGUUGCUGAACACCAUUAGGUGACGGCUCGUGGAACUGGUGGAAGCUUCGCCGGCUUAGACCUCUGGUUCGAACUUCCGUCCAAUGCAAGGCAAGGACAGGAAGUAGUACUUUCUAUUGGAGUACUGCAUGGUUGUCAGUGGGGCCAGUGUAAAGUACUAUCGUUUGAGAGGCUCGCAAUGUUUCCCUACGAUCAUAUAGAAUGAAAUGGCGAGCUACGUGCAUAGAGUACACUCUUGGCGUUGGAUAUACGUAGUUCAGAUCAUCAGGCUAUUGAAACCAUCGAUGGAUUCCAGGGUGGAGGUGAUGCUGAACAUUCGACCGGCUGGCUUUCUCAUCCAUCAGAGUAUGAUGACGAGUGAAGAUGAUGAUUAUGUCAAUUCCCAAGGUUACCUUCAAGAUUGUCGUGCUCAGUUUAUUGGGCUGCCGACAGGUCUGGUUCUUCUCCUAUUGCAAGUGCAUGGGAUCAACUCAGAAACGGAGGACCUAAGGUUGUCCGGAGCAAGGCUAUCUGAUUCUGGUUUGCCGGUCGUGUACCAUGCAUCUCCUUUAAUCAUCGGUUGAGUUUAUUGAAUCGGUUGAGUUUUAAAGACAGGAUGCUUAAUUGGGAAUUAUCACGGAAUGCGAAUUUUGUAGUCAAGAGACUCAAACUAGGGACCAUUUGUUCGUUUCUUGCACGAUUACUCAGGCUAUCUUGUAGUCAAGAGCCUGUGAAUUAGUCAAGUGGAAUAGAUUUGCUCUUUGAAGGGAAGGAGACUUGACACAAUUACCUCGAAACUCUUCUGGACUCGUUACAUAUAUCACAUAUAUAUGGAGUGAAAGGAACAUUGCUGGCUUGCUCAAUAACAUCAUCCUGAUGGUGAAGAUGAAGGUUUUAUCUCUCCCAAGGAUCAGUUAUAGACUUGCUAACUCUGUUUUAGCCCGUGCGUUGGGUGUCGAGAGCUAAACGUAGUUUGAAUACAUGAAACCGAUUCAUAUUAGUUCUGUUGUUCUCGAGAACAUUUUGCUAUACUAGUUGAGCCUUUGUCCUUUGGGCUCUCUUCUUUGUUUUGCUUUGCUGGUUGUUAGUACCAUUAGCAUUUGGAUGAGUGAGCUUCUGUCCUUUCGAUGUUGUUUGUGUUUGUAAUCAAUAAUAUGACCACUUAUCCUAAAUUACAAAACA